AUUAAGAGCGUUGCAACCCUGUGAAGAAAUCAGGUCCAGUAACAAUGGAUCAUGUUUUGUUAGCAUCACAGGAAACGAAGGAAGAAAGGGAUAAGAGAAUUCGAAGCCUUUUCAAUUUCUUCGAUAAGGAGAAUCGUGGUUAUUUGGAAUUUUCACACAUUGAAGCUGGUUUAUCUGCCCUUGAGAUUCCGUCUGAGUAUAAAUAUGCUACGGAUUUGUUGAAUGCUUGUGAUGCAAACAAAGAUAACCGUGUUGAUUUUGUUGAAUUUAAGAAAUAUAUGGAUGAUAAAGAGGUUGAACUUUACCGUAUAUUUCAAGCUAUUGACGUUGAACAUAAUGGUUGCAUUUUGCCAGAGGAGCUUUGGGAGGCACUUGUAAGAGCAGGGAUUAAAAUUGAUGACAAGGAACUCGCACAUUUUGUUGAACGUGUUGACAAGGAUCAUAAUGGUGUUAUAACAUUUGAGGAAUGGAGGGACUUUCUGCUGCUUUACCCUCACGAGGCAACUAUUGAGAACAUUUACCAUUAUUUGGAGCGGAUAUGCAUGGUUGAUAUUGGGGAGCAUACCGUUAUUCCCGCUGGUGUUGGUAAGCACAUUCAUGCAAGUAGGUAUCUGAUUGCUGGAGGAGUAGCAGGUGCUGCAUCACGCACUGCAACUGCACCUCUCGACCGUCUAAAGGUUGUAUUGCAAGUCCAAACAACACGAGCUCGUAUAAUGCCAGCAGUAAAAGAUAUUUGGAAAGAAGGUGGUAUAGUAGCAUUUUUUCGAGGCAAUGGCUUAAAUGUUCUUAAGGUGGCCCCUGAGAGUGCCAUUAGAUUUUAUACCUAUGAGAUGAUGAAGACCUUCAUUGUAGAUGCUAAAGGUGGAGAAGUGAAAGCCGAUAUUGGAGGUAUGGGGCGGCUGCUGGCUGGUGGUAUAGCUGGAGCUGUAGCUCAAACUGCGAUAUAUCCUAUGGAUCUUGUGAAGACACGGCUACAAACAUUUACUUGUGCAAGUGGAAAAAUUCCUAGUCUUGGAACCCUUUCAAAAGAUAUAUGGGUUCAAGAAGGACCCCGUGCUUUUUAUAGGGGAUUGAUUCCUUCUAUUCUUGGGAUUAUCCCGUAUGCGGGGAUAGAUCUAGCUGCUUAUGAAACCUUGAAGGAGAUGUCCAAAAAGUAUAUUAUUCAGGAUGGAGAACCUGGCCCUCUGGUACAAUUAGGAUGUGGGACGGUAUCAGGAGCUCUUGGAGCAACAUGCGUUUACCCAUUACAGGUCGUUAGAACAAGAAUGCAGGCCCAAAGCUCUUAUAAAGGAAUGGCUGAUGUAUUCAGAAAAACCUUGGAACAUGAAGGAUUUAGGGGAUUCUACAAAGGAAUAUUUCCCAACUUGCUCAAAGUUGUCCCAUCAGCAAGUAUCACUUACAUGGUUUAUGAGUCUAUGAAAAAAAGUUUGGAUUUAGAGUGAAGAAAUUUACUGCUUCAUUUGACAACUAUUAUUGACAUGGCUGACCGUUGGCAAUUGUUGGGAAUGCUAUUGCAGUGAAGACAUUGAUGACAAGAAUAAAGUCAACAAUCGAUUAUUGUUGCAAUUGUCUGAAUUCAUUCUUAUAUAAAUAACAUUACUUUCUUCAAAAUUCUUGGGAGGACAAAAUUGGUUUGUCCUGCACGGUGCUUCAUAAACUAAAAUGAAGCUUCACAUACAUUAGCAGAUUUUGUUGUAUGAUAGAGAAGCAUACGAAACAGUGUUAGGAUCCGAUUUUGUAAUUGUAAUUUGUAAUAAUUAGUUGCUUAGAUAAAAUCAUCUUACUCUUAAAAUUGAUAGUUCCAUUUGUUCAACAUCUCCUGCAUCCUUUA